AUGAGUCUCCUCGCCAAAUUAGGUUACGAAUCGAUCCCUUCUGAGGUUGCCAAGAAGAGUUUCUACGACCUGAAAGCUACUUUACCUGGAAGUAAAGGUGAACUGGACUUUGCAACUUUGAAAGGAAAGGUUGUAUUGAUAGUGAACACAGCAUCCAAAUGUGGAUUCACAUAUCAAUACGACGGCCUGGAGGAACUGUAUAAAUCAUACCAUGAUAAAGGCUUAGAAGUACUGGGUUUCCCUUCCAACGAAUUUGGGGGCCAAGAACCUGGUACCGAUGAUGAUAUCUCUUCAUUCUGUACUCUUAACCACGGUGUUACCUUCCCUCUGAUGAAGAAAUCCGAAGUAAACGGUAAAAACAUGAACGAAGUGUUUGCAUGGUUGAAAUCCCAGAAAGGUGAAGGUGUAGGUGGUAUAGCAGGAACAACUGCUAUCAAGUGGAACUUUACCAAAUUCCUCGUUGAUAAGCAAGGUAAAGUAGUAGGAAGGUAUGGUUCAUCCACUAAACCUGAGAAAUUGAAGGAGGAGAUUGAAAGGUUGCUAUAA